CCAAUUUGUGGAUCUAAUAUUGUCUUGUUUGUCUGGUGACUUAGAGGAGACAAUCUGUGAAGUAAACCAAUCACUUCGCUGAAGGCUGGAUUUGGUAAUUUUGUUUUUUAACAAGAGCACUUAUAGAGGACUUCCAUCCUUAACACUUUUUGACUUGAUUGAAGGUUCUCAUGCUCAGGUGGACCUGAGAGAAGUGGGAUCGAGGUGGCCGGACAAGCAGCAGUAUCAGCAGGGAGGUCUGUGGUGGGGUGGCGCUGGAUGUAUUUGACAGCUUCAUGGGCCUGAAGGACCAUCUAGAUGAUGGAACAGGCCACAUCCUUGACCUCGGGAUCGAUCUGGACUACCUGCAGGUGAAGGCUACUGCCAGAGACCGGCCACCCUCCGAAGCGGAUGCCCAUACCAAAAUGGAGCCUGGCCCGUCGGAAGAGGCCGAGGGCAGGCUACCAGCCGGAACGAGCCUGGGCAGCAGUAGCGGCAUUGGAUCCACACCCGCCGACUCCGAGGAGAGCACCGACAGCGAGGCAGAGCAGAUCAACCUCCCGCCCCGCUCUGCCCAUCCCCAACUCUGCCGCUCACCGUGUCUGGACCUGGAGUCUGCCUCACCUCCGGGCACUUCCGUCUCUGAAGACGCCGACUCCGUGGGAAGCCUGCGCGCCUACCAGAACAAGAUGGAAUUUGCAUUGAAGCUCGGCUACCAGGAGGACCUCAUUCGGCUGGUGCUCAGCAAAUUAGGGCCUGAGGCUCUGAUUAACGACAUUCUCGGUGAGCUCGUAAAGCUGGGGAGCAAGCCAGAAAGCGAGCAGGGCGGUGGAUCGGCAGCGUCUCAGUCCAGGUCUUCAUCGAUGGCACCCUCAUCCUCCUCCUGCUCGUCCUCAGGAUCCACCACCUCUUCAUCAGGCUGUGGGUUCUCCGACUCCACUGAGUCCCGUCAGUCGGAUUCUCCCUCACAGAUGGACUCUCUGGAUGACAAGGACAACCUGAGGCCCAUUGUGGUUGACGGCAGCAAUGUUGCCAUGAGCCAUGGCAACAAGGAGGUCUUCUCAUGCCAAGGCAUCCAGCUUGCAGUUGACUGGUUCCUGGAGCGAGGACACCGUGACAUCACUGUGUUUGUCCCAGCUUGGAGGAAGGAGCAGUCGCGGCCUGAUGCUCUCAUCACAGACCAAGAGUUUCUCCGCCGGCUGGAGAAGGACAAGAUCCUUGUGUUCACGCCCUCACGACGGGUGCAAGGUCGUAGGGUGGUCUGCUACGAUGACCGCUUCAUUGUCAAGCUAGCCUACGAGUCCGACGGCAUCAUAGUCUCCAACGACAACUACCGGGACUUAGCCAAUGAGAAGCCAGAGUGGAAGAAGUUCAUCGAUGAGCGGCUGCUAAUGUAUUCAUUCGUCAAUGACAAAUUCAUGCCUCCUGAUGACCCUUUGGGUCGACAUGGCCCAAGUUUGGAGAACUUUCUGCGAAAGCGACCAAUCAUUCCAGAACACAAGAAGCAGCCCUGCCCUUACGGGAAGAAGUGCACGUACGGGCACAAGUGUAAGUUUUAUCACCCAGAGCGUGGCACCCAGCCCCAGCGCUCGGUGGCAGACGAGCUCCGCGCCAGCGCCAAGAGCUGCUCGGCCAAGGUGCCCGUGGAGUCAGGCCUGGUGAAGAGCCACAGCAUGCCGGGCAGCCAGCGGCCCGCCGAGGCCAAGCGAGCGCAGGCCAAGCGCCAGUCCGACCCCAGCGUCCGCACGCUGUCCUACAGCGACGUGGAGGAGAGGCUGACCAGCCGCUCGCCGAAACUCGACCCGUCCCACGGCAAAGGGAGCGCCACCAUGCUGCCCGCUCCCGGCGGGCCACCCAUGGGCCACGGGCACGGGCACGGACACGGGCAGGACCCGACCCGGGAGUACCCCCACCCGUCGGGGAAGCCUCACUCGGGCGGCAUGCUGGCGUCCCAGUACCCUAUGUGCGAGUCCCCGGACCUGAGCUACUGCUCGCUGGUGCGCGCCUACUCGGGCCUGAGGAUCGCCGUGCCCCCGCGCAGCCCCGAGCGCCGCAUGCUGCCCGACGCGCUCCUGUCGGACUGCAGCAGCGAGGGCAGCGCCAGCUGCGGCAGCAGCAGCACGGACUCGUACGGCGGCGUGCUGGGCCCCGCGGGCGAGCGCUCGUGCAUGAGCUCGCCUGACCUGCUGUCGGACGACGCCGCCGCCCCCCUGCGCUGCCCACACCACCACCUCGGCCAGCAGCAGCAGCAGCAGCAGCCACCACCGCACCACCACCACCACCACCACCACCACCGGGGCAGUGCCCAGUACCCGCCCCCUCUGCCGCCGCCUCAGACGCCCCCUCAGCACCACCUGCAUCAGGGCCACGUGCUCGCGCCCGUCCCGGUGCCAGGCUACCACCACCACCACCACCACCAUCACCAGCAGCAGCAGCAGCAGGUGCCCGCGCCACAGAGCCUGACGCCACGCGGGUACAGCUUCAGCCUGGACGAGCCUCCCGACUCGCCCCUCUUCACCAAGCACUCGCGACCCUACCUGUCGCCGCAGCUCCAGCACCAAACCGUGGCCGCCCGCUCCAGCUGCCCUGGGGACUGUCCGCCCCUGUCGGGCGGCUCGCACCCCCAGAGCUCGCCCCUGGGCCGGGGACUGGCCUCCACGCGGGCCGACAGCGUUUCGGACUCCCGCCUGUACGAGAGCUCACCCCUGCUGCCCCGCAAGGCCCUCUACAUGGGCCAGGAGCGUCUGGGCGGGUGGGACCCCUACUACCUGCAGCCGCCCCCGCCUCAGGCCCCUCCUCAGCCCUGCUACGAGCCCUUCACCUUCCAGGGCCUCCAGGAGAGCCGCGAGCAGGCCUGGAGGGCACCGUGGGGGCGAGGCCCCAGCCAGCCUCCUCCUCCUCACCCCAGCCACUCCCCCCAGCCUCAGCCUAUGGGCUCCCUCAACCCUCCCGAGCCUCCCCCCAUCAGUCGGCACCAGGAAGUGCGGCAGAAGGUGUUCAAGAACCUGUGCAACAUCUUCCCCACGGAGCUGGUGCGCAUGGUGAUGGGGCGCUACCCUCAUGUCACAGACGCCCAGCAGCUGGCAGCGGCCAUUUUGGCAGAGAAGAGCCAGCCUGGAGCGUACUGAGCCACCCCC